CGGGCGCAGUCGGAAGCCCGGCGCGGACCGCGGGGACAGCGGGGACGGCAGCCCCGCUUGCCCACAGCGCGCAGCCCACAGUCGUCCGCCGCCGGGGCUCGGGCCGCCCUGGCCGGGGAUGGCGGCGGCGGCCGAGCCCGGGGCCCGAGGCUGGCUUGGCGGCGUCUCCCCGCGCUCGGGCAGCCCGACCUCCAGCCCCGAGCUGGGCGCCGGAAGCCGCUCGCGAUCGGGGCCGGGGUCCGGGCCGGGGUCGGGGCCGGAGCGGUCGGGCGCCAGGCCCCCAGGGCCCGCCGCGCCGAGUCACAGCUUCAGGAAGGUGACGCUUACCAAGCCCACCUUCUGCCACCUCUGCUCCGAUUUCAUCUGGGGGCUGGCCGGCAUCCUGUGUGACGGAUGGAGGGUGCCCUCCCUAGGAUGGAGGGUGCCCCCUUGCUGCCUCCGUGGGCCUUGUAAGCACAGCUCAUGCCUUGGAGCCUCUGGGACACCUACCUCUCCGGGCAGGGCCAGCUGCCCUCAGAGGCAGGGCAUCCUGGUCUGUCAGACUGGCUCUGGUCCAGUUUGCAACUUCAUGUCCCACGAGAAGUGCCUGAAGCACGUGAAGACCCCCUGUACCAGCGUGGCUCCCAGUCUGGUCCGCGUCCCGGUGGCCCACUGCUUCGGCCCCCGGGGGCUCUACAAGCGCAGGUUCUGCUCCGUGUGCCGGAAGGGUCUGGAGGCGCUCGGCCUCCGCUGCGAAGUGUGUGAGCUGCACGUUCACCCCGACUGUGUGCCCUUCGCCUGCAGCGACUGCCGCCAGUGCCACCAGGACGGGCACCGCGAACACGACGCACACCUCCACCACUGGCGGGAGGGGACCUUGCCGUCGGGUGCUCGCUGCGAGCUCUGUCGGAAGACGUGCGGCUCCUCGGACGUGCCGGCCGGCGUGCGCUGCGAGUGGUGUGGCGUCCAGGCCCACUCAGUCUGCUCCGCGGCGCUCGCCCCCGAGUGCACUUUCGGGCGCCUGCGCACCCUGGUCCUGCCCCCCGCGUGCGUGCGCCUCCUGUCCCGAAACUUCAGCAAGAUGCACUGCUUUCGAAUCCCCGAGAUCGCGGUGCCGGAGCCGGGGGACGGGGAGGACAGCGCCGAUGGCAGCGUCCCCGCCGGCCCGGGCCGAGAGGUGGGGGCGCCUGAGUCCGGCAAGCAGACUCUGAAGAUCUUUGAUGGCAGCGACGCGAUGCAGCGAAACCACUUUCGUACAGUCACGGUCCCGCACCUGGCCCGGAGCCAGGAGGUGCUGGAGGCGGCUCUGCGGGCUUACUACAUCCCCGAGGACCCUCAGGGCUUCCAGCUGCAGGCGCUCCCCACUCCUGCGCAGCUUGGAGACACCGUGGCAGCGGGAAAGGUCUGGAGCGCUGGGCCCGCCGAGGAGGAGGGCGGCAGAGCGGCUCCCCAGGCCUGGGUCCUCCGCGCUCUGCCCCGCACCCAGGAGAUCCUGAAGAUCUACCCGGCCUGGCUCAAGGUGGGUGUGGCCUAUGUCUCCAUCCGUGUGACCCCGCAGAGCACUGCCCGCAGCGUGGUGCUGGAGGUCCUCCCGCUGCUCGGACGCCAGGCCGAGGGGGUCGAGGGUUUCCAGCUUGUGGAGGUGCUCAUGGACAGCAGACAAGUCCAGCGCACGGUGCUGGCAGACGAGGAACCCUUGCUUGACCGGCUUCGUGAGAUCCGGCAGAUGUCCUUGCGGCAGAUGAGCCAGACACGAUUCUACGUGGCUGAGAGCAGGGCGCUGGCCCCGCGCGUCUCUCUGUUUGUGGGCGGUCUGCCGCCGGGCCUUUCCCCCCAGGAGUACCGCAGUUUGCUGGAUGAGGCUGUCGCCAGCAAAGCUGCCCUGGUGACUGUGAGCCACGUCUACUCCACCCAAGGUGCCGUGGUGCUGGACGUGGCCUGCUUCGCGGAGGCCGAGCGGCUGUACAUGCUGGUCAGGGACACGGCUGUGCGCGGCCGGCCGCUGACUGCCCUGGUGCUCCCGGAGGUGCUGCACAUGAAGCUGGCCCCAGACUGCCGCCCCCUGCUCGUGUUUGUGAACCCCAGGAGUGGAGGGCUCAAGGGCCGCGACCUGCUCUGCAGUUUCCGGAAGCUGCUCAACCCCCACCAGGUCUUUGAGCUGACCAACGGGGGGCCACUGCCCGGGUUCCACGUGUUCUCCCAGGUACCCUGCUUCCGGGUGCUGGUGUGCGGCGGGGACGGCACGGUGGGCUGGGUGCUCGCCGCCCUGGAGGACAUGCGGCACCGCCUGGCCUGCCCGGAGCCUGCUGUAGCCAUCCUGCCCCUGGGCACAGGUGGGGUGGGCUGGCCCGGCGGGGGUGGGGGCCCGGCAUGGCGGGCCCGGUGUGGAGGCAGCCUGUCUUGCUGGUUCCCAGGGAACGACCUGGGCCGGGUCCUCCGCUGGGGGGCGGGCUACAGCGGGGAGGACCCGUUCUCCGUGCUGCUGUCAGUGGAUGAGGCAGACGCCGUGCUUGUGGACCGCUGGACCAUCCUGCUGGACGCUCAUGAGGCUGCUGGCGGGGAGGACAGCGAGGCAGAGGCAGAGCCCCCCAAGAUCGUACAGAUGAGUAACUACUGUGGGAUCGGCAUUGACGCAGAGCUGAGCCUGGACUUCCACCAGGCGCGGGAGGAGGAGCCCGGCAAGUUCACGAGCAGGUUCCACAACAAGGGCGUGUACGUGCGGGUCGGGCUGCAGAAGAUCAGCCACUCCCGCGGCCUGCACAGGGCCCUCCGGCUGCAGGUGGAGCAGCAGGAGGUGGAGCUGCCCAGCAUCGAGGGGCUCAUCUUCAUCAACAUCCCCAGCUGGGGCUCAGGGGCCGACCUGUGGGGCUCUGACAGUGACUCGAGGUUCGAGAAGCCGCGCAUGGACGACGGGCUGCUGGAGGUGGUGGGGGUGACGGGCGUCGUGCACAUGGGCCAGGUCCAGAGUGGGCUGCGCUCAGGCAUCCGCAUCGCCCAGGGGUCCUACUUCCGCGUCACCCUCCUCAAGGCCACGCCCGUGCAGGUGGAUGGUGAACCCUGGGUCCAGGCUCCCGGGCACCUGAUCAUCUCGGCUGUGGGCCCUAAGGUCCACAUGCUCAGGAAGGCCAAGCAGAAGCCUAGGAAGGCGGGGCCCCCUAAGGAUGCACGAGCCGACGGGGCCCCGGCCCCCAAGGGGGACCCCAAGUAGAGGCACGUCCUGGAGCAGCACUCAGCAGCAGACAGAUGCGCUCGCAGCCCUGGCCUCUGGCCUUCCUGUCUCUUCCCCGUGCCACGCGGAGACUGCUGGGUGGGUGGUGUGGGGCUCCCUGGGGCCCAGGCCGCUGUCCUGGAGGACACACACUUCCCCUGGGGCCCCUCUGCCACCUCUGGGUCCCUGAGCCGGGCAGCACCAGACCUCAGCAGUACCCCGAGGCACCCCUACAGGGCAGCUGGCUCUCUGGACCUUAGGGGUGCCCAGCGCAGUCAUGGGACACCCCAGCCACUAGCUUCCCGGGCUGGACAGUGUCUGGCUGGCCCAGUCUGAGCUCUGCGGGGACCCUGGUGUGACUGGGCUGGGAGAGGCAGGCCCCGAGGAAGCCGGGUGGGCCUGGCCCCCCGGGAGGUGUGUGGUGCCCGUGCCCGGGAGGCAGCAGGAGCUGGCCCGGCCAGGACUCCCAAGGAAGUGAGGCGAGUGUGCAGCAGGAGAGGUUUAAUUGGCUGGGGAAAGCGCUUCGCCCCUCCGCGUGUCAGCAGUUAGCACGUGGGCUCCGUGUCCACUGAGCAGAUGUGUCUCUGUGCUUCUCCACGUGGAGACGGGGGACGCAGAUGGGCUGCCAGGCGGGUCACUCAGAGCCCCGGAGUCCAGCUGGCCCAGAGCCCUGUCCCGGCGUGAAGGAGGGUCUGGAGGCCCCUCUCCUGACUGUUUGGUCCCUAUGCCUUGGCGCUGGCUGGCUGCCAGGCCCUAACCCUGGGUGGCGGCCUCGCCUUGACACUGGCGUCGACCUCAGACGUGGCCCCGCCCAGCUCGUGCCAAAGCUACCCAGACGUGGGCAACACGAGGGCCGCGGGCCUCCAGGGCCCGGUGUGCGUCCCUCGGGCCUGCAUUCCUGGGGGUGGGAUCAGCUUUUGCUCUGCACCUGCACCAGUUGGUGGCAGCCGUCUGUCACUGUGGUUCGGGUGGACGAGUCCUCUGCGUGUAAGCGAGUCUGAGUGUGUGUGUGAGCACUGCACCCCUUCCUCGUGUGUAACCUACCCCCGAAGGUGACCGUAAUUUAUAUCUUGGACAAAUAGAGUCUGGUCUUCCGGC